AUGGCAGCUCAGGUGACACUUGAGGAUGCGCUGUCCAAUGUGGAUCUCCUGGAGGAGCUGCCACUGCCUGACCAGCAACCCUGCAUUGAGCCUCCGCCUUCUUCACUGCUGUAUCAGCCAAAUUUCAACACUAACUUUGAAGACAGAAAUGCAUUUGUUACUGGUAUUGCAAGAUAUAUUGAGCAGGCCACCGUUCAUUCUAACAUGAAUGAGAUGCUGGAGGAGGGCCAGGAAUAUGCUGUCAUGCUAUACACCUGGAGGAGCUGCUCCAGGGCCAUCCCACAGGUGAAAUGCAAUGAGCAGCCUAAUAGAGUGGAGAUUUAUGAGAAAACUGUGGAAGUCCUUGAGCCAGAAGUCACAAAACUGAUGAACUUUAUGUACUUCCAGAGAAAUGCCAUUGAGCGUUUCUGUGGGGAGGUGCGUCGCUUGUGUCAUGUAGAGAGAAGGAAGGACUUCGUGUCUGAGGCCUACCUGCUGACCUUGGGCAAGUUCAUCAACAUGUUUGCUGUGCUCGAUGAGCUGAAGAACAUGAAGUGCAGUGUGAAGAAUGAUCACUCAGCUUAUAAGAGAGCUGCUCAGUUUUUACGGAAGAUGGCGGAUCCACAGUCCAUCCAGGAGUCACAGAAUUUGUCCAUGUUUCUGGCCAACCAUAACAAGAUCACACAGUCUCUGCAGCAGCAGCUUGAAGUGAUCUCUGGUUAUGAAGAACUCCUUGCAGACAUUGUAAAUUUGUGUGUGGAUUACUAUGAGAAUAAGAUGUACUUGACACCCAGUGAGAAACACAUGCUGCUUAAGGUUAUGGGCUUUGGUUUAUACUUGAUGGAUGGAAGUGUCAGUAAUAUCUAUAAGUUGGAUGCCAAAAAGAGAAUCAACUUACCUAAAAUUGACAAAUAUUUCAAGCAGCUCCAGGUGGUUCCAUUGUUCGGAGACAUGCAAAUAGAACUGGCAAGAUACAUAAAGACCAGUGCCCACUAUGAGGAAAAUAAAUCUCGGUGGACGUGCACAUCUUCGAGUAGCAGUCCUCAGUACAACAUCUGUGAGCAGAUGAUUCAGAUCCGAGAGGACCACAUGCGCUUCAUCUCAGAGCUGGCACGCUACAGCAACAGCGAGGUUGUUACAGGAUCUGGCCGCCAGGAAGCACAGAAGACAGAUGCUGAGUACCGCAAACUCUUUGACUUGGCUCUGCAGGGUCUGCAACUCCUGUCUCAGUGGAGUGCACACGUGAUGGAAGUGUAUUCAUGGAAACUAGUGCACCCAACAGAUAAGUACUCCAACAAAGACUGCCCUGACAAUGCUGAGGAGUAUGAGCGAGCUACACGCUACAACUACACUAGUGAGGAGAAAUUUGCCCUGGUAGAGGUGAUUGCCAUGAUUAAAGGUUUGCAGGUCUUGAUGGGUCGAAUGGAAAGUGUGUUCAACCAUGCCAUCCGGCACACGGUCUAUGCUGCCCUGCAGGAUUUCUCGCAGGUGACGCUCAGGGAGCCACUUAGGCAGGCCAUCAAGAAGAAGAAGAAUGUCAUCCAAAGAAAAUAUUUAUUCAGUCAGCAAAAUUUCACGUUGUCUAAUGCCAACAUAUGUGAAGCUUAUGCCACAGUGGCCUUUGAUCAGUUCUGUAAAGCUCUCUACAUGGUGCGAACUAUGGCAGAGUCCUUGAGCUCUGCUGAGCUGUUGUGGCAGCUCAAGUCUUUGGGGAUGGAAAGGCUCUUGCAUGUGGUAAACGCGUUUCUGAGGCAGUCCUACAUGUAUCCGCCUCUUUUAACCUUUGGUGAGACACUGCAGCAGUGCUGUGACCUCUCGCAACUGUGGUUCAGAGAGUUCUUCUUGGAGCUGACAAUGGGCAGGCGAAUCCAGUUUCCCAUUGAAAUGUCCAUGCCCUGGAUCCUGACAGACCACAUUCUAGAAACCAAAGAGGCAUCGAUGAUGGAGUAUGUGCUCUACUCUCUUGACUUGUACAACGACAGUGCUCACUAUGCCCUCACCAGGUUCAACAAGCAGUUCCUCUAUGACGAGAUAGAAGCUGAGGUGAAUCUUUGUUUUGACCAAUUUGUUUACAAGCUGGCAGAUCAGAUAUUUGCAUAUUACAAAGUUAUGGCAGGAAGUUUACUUCUUGAUAAACGGUUACGAUCAGAAUGCAAGAAUCAAGGAGCAAUGAUCCAUCUCCCACCAUCCAACCGUUACGAGACAUUACUCAAACAGAGGCAUGUGCAGCUCCUUGGCCGGUCAAUAGACCUCAACCGUCUGAUUACACAGCGUGUCUCAGCAGCUAUGUAUAAGUCUUUGGAACUGGCAAUUGGCAGAUUUGAAAGUGAAGACUUGACAUCAAUUGUUGAAUUGGACAGCCUCUUAGAAAUAAACCGCAUGACCCACAAGCUGCUGAGCAAGUACCUGACACUAGACAGUUUUGAUGCCAUGUUUCGCGAAGCCAACCACAAUGUGUCAGCCCCCUAUGGAAGAAUCACUCUCCAUGUUUUCUGGGAGCUCAACUAUGACUUCCUACCCAAUUACUGCUAUAAUGGCUCCACCAACCGGUUUGUUCGGACCGUGUUACCAUUUUCUCAGGAAUUUCAAAGAGAUAAACAGCCUAAUGCACAACCCCAGUAUUUACAUGGAUCAAAGGCUUUGAACCUGGCCUACUCCAGCAUCUAUGGCAGCUACAGGAACUUUGUGGGCCCUCCGCACUUUAAGGUCAUCUGUCGGCUUCUGGGUUACCAGGGCAUUGCAGUGGUUAUGGAAGAGCUGUUGAAGGUUGUCAAGAGCCUGCUACAAGGCACCAUCCUGCAGUAUGUGAGGACACUGAUGGAGGUGAUGCCUAAGAUCUGCCGCCUUCCGCGGCACGAGUAUGGCUCUCCUGGCAUCCUUGAGUUCUUCCACCACCAGCUGAAGGACAUUGUAGAGUAUGCAGAACUGAAGACGGUGUGCUUUCAGAACCUGCGGGAAGUAGGCAAUGCUGUCCUGUUCUGCCUUCUCAUUGAGCAGAGCCUGUCUCUAGAAGAAGUAUGUGAUCUGUUGCAUGCCGCUCCCUUUCAGAAUAUCUUGCCCAGGGUCCACGUGAAAGAGGGAGAGAGGUUGGAUGCCAAAAUGAAGAGACUUGAAUCAAAGUAUGCUCCACUACACCUUGUUCCUCUGAUUGAAAGACUAGGGACCCCUCAGCAAAUUGCAAUAGCAAGAGAAGGGGACUUGCUGACCAAGGAGCGCCUCUGCUGCGGUCUGUCUAUGUUUGAAGUUAUCCUGACUCGAGUUCGGACCUUUCUGGAUGACCCCAUCUGGCGAGGGCCUCUUCCUAGCAAUGGGGUCAUGCAUGUAGAUGAAUGUGCUGAGUUUCACAGGCUCUGGAGCGCAAUGCAGUUUGUCUACUGCAUUCCCGUGGGAACACAUGAGUUUACAGUUGAACAGUGUUUUGGUGAUGGACUCCACUGGGCUGGGUGUAUGAUCAUUGUACUUCUUGGGCAACAGCGACGCUUUGCUGUGCUGGAUUUCUGUUAUCAUCUCCUUAAAGUCCAGAAACAUGAUGGCAAAGACGAGAUUAUAAAAAAUGUGCCUUUGAAGAAAAUGGUGGAGCGAAUUCGCAAGUUCCAGAUUCUGAAUGAUGAGAUUAUCACCAUUUUAGACAAGUACCUGAAGUCAGGAGAUGGAGAGAGCACACCUGUGGAGCACGUGCGCUGCUUCCAGCCCCCAAUCCAUCAGUCCCUGGCCGGCAGCUGA